AUGGUGAAGCGAUUUCUUACUUUCGUAGCACUUUCCAAUUGCAUUGGUAAAGAAAUAGUAUUGCUACGGAAGGAUCAACAUACUAUUAUGGUGCUUUUCAAUAUCAUCAUCUCCAUCAGUCUGCUGGGUGCGACUCCUGCUACUUCCAAUGAGAUUCUUCCACAGAUCAAGUCAGACGUGACGAUUACGGACUCAAGUAUUGCUCGUUUUUUCGACGAAAGUCGUUUUCAAAAGGCAUUUCCACAUGCCAUUGAUCUUUACAACUUUGACGGUCUCAUAAACGCUUGCAAGAAAUUUCCAGCUUUCGCUAAUUCGGGCAAUGACGUGAAUGAUAAGCGUGAAUUAGCCGCUUUUUUGGCUCAAACAAGUUACGAAAGUGAUAAAUUUCAAGCAGCUGAGGAAUAUGCACGUGAUUCGUAUACUGAAUGGCAGUAUUGUGAUAAUACCACGUAUCCAUGCUCCCCUGGUCGUCACUAUCAUGGUCGUGGUCCCCUUCAACUCUCUUGGAAUUACAAUUAUUUACUUGCUGGAAAAGCUCUUGAUCUUGAUUUACUUAAUAAUCCUGAUCUUGUUGCGACUGAUACGACUGUGACAUGGAUGACGGCGCUUUGGUUCUGGAUGACUCCUCCAAGUAACUACGUCGUACAUGAUGUUGUUGCUGGAAUGGAUGGAUUUGCACUCUCUACGAAAUAUAUCAAUGGUGGACUUGAAUGUGGUGUCAAUGCUCCGAAUAGAGCAAAUGAGCUUCACCGUAUUGAUCAUUACAACAAAAUGUGCGAAUUGAUGGAUGUACAACCUCUAGGCAAGACUGCUUGUAAUGACCUUUAG